CAGGAGGGAUUUCCCCCUAUCAAGGAGCAUAAAGUAGGCUCGCAAUGAUCUAUCAAGCCCCAGAAAGUGACAUGUUCACUAGUGAUUCUGGGAAAACAAUGAAGGACUCUGGAUGGAGAGUCUGAUCUAGGUGCAUGUAACAGUAUUUAUAGAUUCCCUUAUUUUUAUACAUCCAUGGGCAUCUAUUGAAAAUAACUAUCUUGUUUCAAAGUGCUCUCACACAGUUUUUUUUUUUUUUUUUUUUUCAUUUUAUCCUAAGUGACUCGUGAAGCAGGUGGAGCAAGUAAAGAAUGAUUUCCAGAUGCCCAAGGCGAGGUGUUAACUAGCUCUUCUGUGCAAUUGUAUGCUUAGGUCAGACUUAUAAACAGGCCGAAGAAAACAAGAACACACUGUCCCUUUCGGUCCAUUCCGGCAGCGCACGUAUUUGGCGCAGAGGGCACACAACAACAAGUUCUAGAAUUGCAAGGCACCUGACAAGGUGUGAGAAGCCAAGCAGGCAGUUAGGACUUGAAAGAGCAAGACUCGGGCAGCCUCUUGAAGGCCUAGGAGACGAGGAACAAGACCCUGUGAUGGGAGCUCUGUGCCCAUUUCCCCAAUCUUGCCUGCGUCUUCCCCCAACUCCUAGGCCUGUUCAGACCACCAUCAGCCCUUAAGAUGCAUCCCUACACUUGAAGGUGGACCCUGUUUUCCUCUCCCACUGAUGCCCAGCAGGGAGACACAUAACUGGAGAGACAUCACUGGAUGCCCAGGCAGAGCACCGCUGAGCCCAGAACAAAUAAAAACCUGCCGAAUGAAUGAAUGGAUGAAUGGAUGGAUGGAUGGAUGGAUGGAUGGAUGGAUGAUUUUCUGGGGACUCAGUCUGAGUCCCUCCAUCCUUCCCCAGAAGGGAGGGCCAGCCCGGGCUGCCCAGAAGAGCUCCCUGGCCAUGGGUCCCCCGGAGAGGGAUGACACCCAGAGUCUUGGGGUCGCCAAUGCGCCACCCGAGGCCACCCAAGUCCCCAGCUGGAGGCCGGGGCUAAAGCCGCCCGCCUACGCUUCAGCAAAAAAAAAAAACAAAAACAAAAAAAACCAACCAACAAAAACGCUUUAUGACAGCGUCAACUCUCUCCGCUUCUGGAAAACCCUCAGGGGUAAAGCGGCGCUGACGAGACCAGCCCCCGGAACGGAGGAGCGCAGCCCCCGCGUGAAGGAAGGCGGAGGGCUAAGGAGCCAUUCACCGUAGCUGCAGCCACAGGAGGCCCACCGCGCGACAAGCCUCGCGAUAUCUGGGAUCGGGAAUCUCGUUCGCGUUGCCUAGCGACGGGCAGGACGCUCGCGGGGGCCCCCAGGCUAACCCCCGCAGUAGCCUUAAAUCUCCUACCAUGGGGGACGAAGGCGGCGGCCACAGCUGCGGGACCCCCAAGGAGCAGCAGAAGCUGAAGCAGCAGGCCAGGAGGUACUACGAGGAGAACGACGUCCCGCGCAGGCUGGAAGAGCUGCUCAACUCCACCUUCUACCUCCAGCCUGCCGACGUCUACGGGCACCUGGCAAACUGCUUUUCUAAAUUGGCAAAACCUCCUACCAUCUGCCAAGUACUGGGGAAAAGCAUACUGGAUGGACUGGGACUUCCAACCCUACAAGUGGAAAUUUUCUGCACCAUUCAAAACUUUCCCAAGAGCAUCUGCUCCACGGUGAUCUCCACUCACUUCGAAGUCCCAGAGAACCCUUUGCCAGAGCUCCUGGAGGCAGAGGAAGUGGAACGGUUGAAUGCAGUCAGCACGGCUGUGCAGUGGGUCAAUGGGGCCAUAACUGAGCAGCUGCAGGGACUGGAUCCCUCCAAUCAAGUGGAGGUGGAUCAUGUGCUCAGGACUUUCUUUGAAACUAAACUACAAGAAGAUAAGGAGAGAAGAGAACUGGAACAGAACCUGGAAGAAUCAACAGCGUUUGCACCCUCACCACCACCACCUCCUGUGCCUCCAGUCAAAAAGAAAGGACAAAAGACAGGCAGGAAGGAUUCUCUGCUAGAGAAACCUAUUGUACCUGCAGAACCUCCUGAACCCGUGCUCUGGGGCAGCAUGGCCAUUGGGGCAGUGUCACUAGCCAUUGCCAAAACCAGUGCCCUGCUGACCAACAUUCCUCUCUACCUAAAUAUGGCAUUAUUGAAACACCACCAGGAUCAGCCCACAAAGCUAAUUCUGCCUUUGCUGAUGGCCACUCUGGUCAGUUGUGGGAAAUCAUCGCCUGGGAAGCUGAAUUUAAUGAAAGAAGUGAUCUGCAUACCCCAUCCAGGAUUAUCAGCCAAACAAGGUGUGGAGAUGCUUCUGGAAAUCCAGAAACACAUUAACAGAACAAUUGAGCAGCCCCCUCCUCUAAAAGCAGAGACCAAAAAAGGACUUAAUGGAAGCAAAAGAGGCCAACAGCAGAUCACUGGCAAGAUGUCCCAUCUUGGCUGCUUAAUCAUUAAUUAUGACACCAUAGAGCAGCCGCUGCUCUUGAUACAAGGAAUCUGUGCCAACCUGGGGCUUGAGCUGGGAACAAAUCUGUACCUCGCCAUCAACUGUGCUGCCCAUGAGUUAAUGGACUAUAGCAAGGGGAAGUAUGAAGUGACGACGGGCAUGCUGAAAAGUGCAGCGGAGAUGGUUGACCUGUAUGUGGAUCUGAUCAACAAGUUCCCUUCCAUUAUCGCCCUGAUCGAUCCAUUCCGGAAGGAGGACCAUGAACAGUGGGACAACAUCUAUAAUGCUCUUGGUUCCCGGUGUCAUAUAAUUGCAGGAACUGCUUCUAAAAGCAUCUCUAAACUGCUAGAGGACGGAAACAUCAGCAACCCCAAAUCCAGUGGGCUUAUCAUAAAGCAUACAAAUCAGACUACAAUGUCUAACCUGGUAGAGAUAACCAAUCUUGCAGAAAGUAAAAAGCACAUCACUGUCUUUGGAAGCACAGAAGGAGAGUCUUUGGAUGACAACCUGGUCGAUUUGGCCACUGGUCUCGGUGUCCAGUUUAUCAAGCUGGGAGGUCUUUCUCGUGGAGAACGGGUGACUAAGUACAACCGUCUUUUUACUAUAGAGGAAGAACUUGUCCAGAAUGGAACACUGGGGUUCAGAGAAGUCCAUACAUUCUUUUACUUGAAUGAAGAGGCUGAACAAGACAAUGCUGAGACACUGGAGGCUGCAGACCCUCUGGCGGAUGAGCUUUCUGAGCCGUUGGGGCCCAGCUUCCCUACAGAAUCGGUGGAGCAAGCAGCGAAAGCAUGAGUGCCUCCUGGGGAGGGCUGCACACCUCAGUUUAUUGCCACUCCGCUGGGAUUACUGGGGGUGGGGGUGGGGAUAAGGAAUAUAUCUUCAUUAUGGCUUUGUGUUAAGCAUGUUCCUAACUUGUGUACUCUUAAAUUUCAGUUCAUUGAAAUACAUAGUGUGUUUGUUGCCUGGGGAAUUCUUUUAUUUUUUUAUUUUUAUUAUUUUUUUUAAAAUAUUCCCUUUUGUUGCCCUUUUUUUAUUGUUGUAGUUAAUUGUUGGUAUUGAUGUCAUUGUUGCAUAGGACAGAGAGAAAUGGAGAGAGGAGAGGAAGACAGAGAGGAGGAGAGAAAGACAGACACCUGCAGACCUGCUUCACUGCUUGUGAAGCGACUCCCCUGCAGGUGGGAAGUUGGGGGCUCGAACUGGGAUCCUUACCCAGCUCCUUGCGCUAUGCACUACUGCGCUUAACCUGCUGCACUACCGCCCGACUCCCUGCCUGGGGAAUUCUACCUGUGAACUAUUGACAGCUAUCAGACUGCCAUGGGAAUUGUUUGGAAACCAGUAGUAUUUUGGCAUGCUGUGACCUAGAAAAAGUCCAAUCCGUUGGUUGCUAUCUCCACCCUGGGUUCAAACCAAUCACAGUUUGCAAACCAGAAUAUUUCUCCUACCACCUGCAGGUCUCUGAGCCAGAACAGGUGUGCUCUCCUGUGGUUAUCUUACUCACGAGCACCGGGGCUACAAAGUAGCAGUACAUCUUCCUCACCAAUCUCACGUGUAAGUGGAGAGCCACUGUGUUUUAAAUAAUCACACAAUUUCCUCUUAUUAUCCUAUCUUUAAUUUCCUUUCCUCUGACUCCCCUCCUCUUUCAAGAUUUUAGUUUUUCGGGGGGUGGGCAGUGGUGCACUCAGUUGACAGCAUACGUUACUAUGUGCAUAGACCCAUAGACCUGGGUUUGAGUGGUGAAGCAGGUCUGCAGGUUCUCUCCCCCUCUCUCCCUCUUUCUUUAUCUCUCUCACCCUCCCUCUCCUCCUCUCUCUCUUUCACCUCUUAAUUUCUCUGUCCUAUCAAAUAAAAUCUUUUUUUAAUUUAGUUUUUCUUCUAUGUUUAUAUCCUUGUGGGUCUCCUUCAGCCCAUUUAGGAACAAGUGUGGGUAAAAAUAAACAAGUCAAUGAAAGAAUAAAUGCCAAAGUAACUACAUGCCCAUAAAUUCAUAUGACAGCACUUGACAGGUGAUUAAAAAUGAUGCAGCAUAAAAGUCGACUGGAUUGUGUGUUUUAUAAAUUGUACUUGGAGUUGUGGCAGAGUUGCACAGAAAUAAACUUGUUAAAACA